UCGACAGAAUGCCACUGCAGUCCAUCGGCGCAAUACUGCCGGGUCCUCCGAAGACGAAGGGAAAGCUGGUCGUGUUGCAGGACCUUCUCUCGCGCCUCAAGACUCCGUGACACAGUGGCUCGUAACCAAGGACAACGCCAUUCUGGUGAGGACUGUUUCCCUCACAUCGGACGACAAGGUGCUUAAGUACACGCCCCCGAGUAAGUCGAAGCGCUACUGUUGCUCUUCUGGGACCCCGACGAGGUGGCGAGCAUGGACCUGGCGAGCAAGAUCGCACAGACUUACUACAAGGAGUUUCUUGGGCAGACCUCGCGUAUGAUGGUACGCGUCUACCCGAAGAGUAUUCAUAUCGGCUCCUCCAACUACAACGUGUCCACCGCAUGGUCCGCCGGGGCACAGUUGGUAGCACUUAGCUACCAGACGUGGGACGACGACAUGUUUUCACUGAAUAAGGGCUGCGGCUACGUUCUGAAGCCGAAGUACCUGCGCGACCCAUCGAGUAAGGCAAAGGCAAACGCCCUGCACCACCAGCUGUCACUGUGCGAGCGAAACGCAGAUUCCCAAGCCUUUUUUUUGCAAAAGAAGGGCGACAUUGCUGAUCCGUGCGUGAGACUGUCGAUCAACAAGCGCCACCGCACAGCGGUGAAGACAGCAGUGGUAUGCAACAAUGGCUUGAACCCAUCCUGGAUGGAGACAUUCACCUUCACCUGCGAGAAUAAGGAGGUGAUCUUGCUAACUGUCAAGGCCAUGGACGAGGACACAGCAUCUACAAGCGACGCUGUGGGUGAGAUGGUCACGCCAGUGCGUACUCUGCACCCCGGCUGCCGUGCUGUUUCCAUGAAGCUGCGCUAG